AUGCCGCCUCGUCUCCCUCGGAGCCUCCAAUCCCUCGCACGUCCGCUCGCACGUCCGCUCUUUCCAGCCAACUCCCCUUUUCGAGCCUUCAGCACAACGCCCCGUGCCUUUGCUGCAGAUCAAGACCCCGACCGCCACCCUCAUCCUCAGCGAGAUGCACAAUUAGACCGCGACAAGAUGAAUCCUGAGGCGUCGGAGUACUCCAAGUCGGGGACCGAUGAUACCUCUGCUGCCAACGAGGAAGCCGCCUUCGAUCCCAAUAUCACAGACCCUCAAGAGGCCAAGCGGAAAGCUGGAGAAGGCAAUCAAGUCAAUCCAUUGGAUGCAAGCCCGGCCAAUCCAGAAAUCAGUCAAGGAACAGCAGAAGAGGAGGGAGGGGCCAAGAAGAAGAUGUCGGAAGGCGGAGGUGGGAGACAAGGUGGAGGAGAAGCGGGAAAAGGCGAAGAGAGCGUUUGA